ACGAGAUAAGAAACCUACACUUUGUGGAGCAUACACUUUUACAUUAUACCGCUGGACGGACAAAUCUUUUGUUUGAUGCAACCAAUCAGAGAAGUGUUCAAAAAUGACCAUAACAUUUUCAAAGUAAAACCGCCAAAACUGCUUAAAAAUUGUGCAAAAGCUUUCAUCUGAAAAAGCAGAACAGCAUGAAGAUGGUUGYUCCGGACUUCGAAGAAACUCCUGAUAACACAGACUUCGACACUGACGAUGAAGACUUCGAUGAAAACGAAGAUCUUUCGCCGCUUCAGAUAGAUUGGGUUGACUUGUCACAUUUGGGAUGUAAACCCCAACACAUAGGAAUGACUUCUUUACCAGGCUGCAAGUUUAUGCAUGUCAACAGAAAUCUUCAACAUGAUAUAGAAAGUUUGGUUCAUCAAGGAGUUAAAGAUGUAUUCAUUCUCUGUACACAAGGGGAAUUGAUAAGGUGUAGAGUAGCAGACAUUAUUGAAAACUACAAAAAUGCAGGAAUCAUGCCACAUCACUUUCCAUUGGAUGAAGGAGAAGAACCACAAUUCAAAACCUACUUUGAGAUUGUACAAAGACUAACAAACUGUGUCCAGAAUGAAAGGAAGACAGUUAUACACUGUGUUGCUGGUGUUGGAAGAACAUGCUUAGUUACUGGAUUGCUGCUUCUGGACAUUGACAGUGAGAUUCAAGAAGACUAUGUAUUACAAAAACUGAAAGAUCUCAGAGGGUCUAAUGCUAUACAGACUGUCAAGCAAUUCAACUUUAUCAACGAUUACAGAGAAUCAAAAUCCAAGUUUAUAAUGCAACCAAUUCAGGAAUCUCCUCCAUCUCGCAGUGUUUCAAGAUAAAUACUAUAAUUGAUGAAUAGCUAGUAUAUACCUUUGGUAUUACGUGGUAAACAUGAUGCAAAAUAAUUACUAAUAUGAUAAUAAUAGACAUUGCAAAUUUCAAAUUGAAGGGACCUCAAAUGCAAAAUAUUGCUAAAUAUAUAAUCAAUGUUAUGUUGUUUGUUGAGCUUGUUUUGAAAACAUGUACAGCUAACUCUGAAUUGUGUAAAAAUAAAUGAACAAGACAUCAUUUAUAGAAACUAGUAUAUAAAC